AUGCCGCCACGCUCGUCCCUCACCUCGUCCUUUUCCAUCACAGACUCCAACAACGAGGUUGUCUGUCCGCUCCGAAACCAAGAUGGCUCAAGCUGUCGGAAACGAUGCAUCGGCGAAAAGAGAUAUCGAUCUAUGCAAGAGCACAUCCGCCGUGCACACCCGGAGCACUACAUAUCCAAGCUUCCAGCGACCGAAGAAAGCUUUCUGCUUAUGAUCAGCACCCCGCCUCAGGAUCGCCGCCAGAAUGAAGGAACACCCUCAGCCACUCAAAGCUUUCAUGAUCGCCAUUCGUUUUACAGAGACGAAUCCAGCAAUCCCGGCACUCCGCGGCCCGGCGACGAGAAACUGCCUGGGACCAGCUCCAUCCUGGGAACGGCCAGCGCAGCGGCUGUUUUGGCCGAGCUCCAUGGCGUCAAGUCUGAGAGAGAGCUAGAGAUGGAUGGUGGAUAUUAUUCCGAUUUAGAUGGCCGCCGGAGACCUAGAAAAUCCAUUGAGCUGCCGCCUCUGAAUCUCAGCAACAUCACAAGUGACCCGUAUUCCAACAGGCCUCGCGAAAUUCUGCCUUCCCUCUUGGCAGCUUCACCACCUGGGCGAUCGUCAACUUUGCCUCCGCUCCAACGGCCCUUGGGACUAAGCCGGCCUCGCAAGCAGUCUAUAUCAAAGAAAAGCCGAGAAUCCCAGCAUAGGAAGAAGCCUUCACGUGGCUCUGAUUGGCUGAGACGUAUCCAGAACGAAGAGCGAUACAGGAGUGGCCAUGACCGCAAGGCUCUCUCUGCCGAGCCGUGGGCAGAUUACGGCAAACGAUGGGAAGACUUGAUUGAUGCCGCGGACCAGGCCGCGUCUGCAGCAGGAGAUAUUGACGAGGACCGCACACCGAUGCCUCAAUCGCCAGUCUCAAUUCACAGAGCAUCGCUGCCUCCAUUUAGCCACCACCAAUUCCAGUCUGCCAGCAACAACUAUCAAGCUUCUCCUCUGCAACAGGCCUUAACGCCACCCUCAUACAACCAGGAUGUGAUUGAGCCUUUCCCAUCCGUUGAGAGCGGCGAAAGCGGGGAUAACUUCCACAUUGGAUCUCGCGGGCUGUCAGACUCAUCACCGAGCUACAACUCACAGAAUAUCCAGAUAUACUGUGCCGCCUGCCACGGCAUAUCCCUGCUUAAGAAUUCAUAUGCCUGUACGGAGUGCAUAUGCGGCCUGUGCUCGUCGUGCGUUGAAGUGCUCAUGUCUGAGCAUGGAGCACGUAGGAAGUGCCCUCGCUGCGCGACAAUCGGUGGUCGGUACAAGCCCUUUCAGCUUGACAUUAGAUGAUUGAUUCUUCUUCUUCUUGCUUUCUUUUCUGUUUUAUGGGUAACACUGGGUUUUUCUUCUUCUUCUUUUUUUUUAUACGCAUCAGUCUUUUAUUUGCAUCUUUGGCGCCACUAUACAGAGGCCACUGGCAGGCGCAUCGGGAAACAUGAUACAGGUCUAUUUCCUUUCCCGCCUAGGAGCAAUUGCCUCGGCCGCCCCUUUUUUUUCGGGUAAAAAAAAGACCCAAUUCAGACCCUUGUAUGGGACUUUCAACUGGUUUGUUUCUUUUCCUUUCUUGUUUGGUUAUGGCUUCAUUCGUUUUUGGAUAUAUUGGGUUCCAAGUGCUGCGGCGUUAUUAUAUGGGAUCAGAUAAGGGUUCUGUUGGGUAACCUGGCUGGCACAGUUGCACGUUUUUUUAUGACGUUAGGAUUUCAAUCUAUUGGGUUUGGGUCAUGAAUAGGUCUUUUAUGGUUAGGUAGG